AUAAAUACACUCACGUAGCUGGUUGCUGAAACGUCAAAGUCAAUAAGCACAAAAAUUUCGAAGCAGUUGGUUUUUUCGCUCCCUUUACAGCCGAGCCAUUACAAAAUACAAUCGGGCGGAUCGGACAGACGACGACAUCGAAAUCGAAACGUGGCUACAACAACUAGCCAUGUUUAUUCAGCUGGUCGUCCUGGGCAUUCUAUUGUGGGCGUCCUUCUAUUGGCUGCAGUGCCGCUACAUGGAUGUCCUGGAAGUCCUCUUCGCCUGGAUUGCCCGUCAGUUGGCGAUAACUCGCAGGAGACAAGCUCUUGAAGAGCGGUGCCGCCUGAGCCAAAACUGGACUGUUGGCAAUGGCCAGGACAGGAAGGACAGGAAGGACAGCAAGGACAGAAAGGACAGAAAGGACAGAAAGGUGAAGAAGUUUGAGGACAACGCAUCCGAUUCCGAUGAAAAGUUUCAGGACCGGAACAAGGGCGAUGGCAUGGAGGAGCUGCUCUCGCCGCCGAUCAAGAAUCGCCUCAAUACCAGAGUGGAGCAGUGCUGCGACCUCAUAGCCGCCGGCUUGGGCUUGGUGCUCGAGGACGACGUGACCCAGAGGUUUGUGGCCCCACCCUCGCCCGUCGGGGAAUGGAACCUGCUGACCCGCAACCUCCGACAGAGGCAUCGCUACCUCAACUGGCGCUUAAGGAUGGCCUGGCUGCUGGGCUGGGCUGUCCGCUACGGACUGCUUUUGCCCAUCAGGACCAUCGCCUGCUGGCUGUGUCUGUUCAUGAUCAGUGGUGUCUCAAUGCUGCUGGGCCACCUACCCGAGUGGUGCUUCAAGAAGAAGCUGGUGGAGCUGGUACUGCGGCAGUGCUUUCGCAUCACCGCCGCCUGCCUGCCGAUGAUCCGCAGAUUCCACAACACGGAGUACCGACCCACCAAGGGCAUCUGUGUGUGCAAUCACACGAGUCCUUUGGACGUCCUGGUCCUGAUGUGCGAUGCCAACUACUCGCUGACCGGCCAGGUUCACACCGGCAUCCUGGGCGUCCUGCAGCGCGCCCUCUCGAGGGUCUCCCACCACAUGUGGUUCGACCGCAGGCAACUGGCCGAUCGAGAGGCACUGGGUCUGGUGCUCCGCCUGCACUGCGCCAUGAAGGACAGACCGCCGGUGCUGCUCUUUCCCGAGGGCACUUGCAUCAACAACACCGCCGUAAUGCAGUUCAAAAAGGGUAGCUUUGCGGUCAGCGACAUCGUCUAUCCGGUGGCCAUUCGAUACGAUCGGCGAUUUGGCGAGGCCUACUGGGACAGCACCCGCCACUCGAUGCUCAGAUACAUGCUGAUGGUGGUCAGCUCGUGGUGCAUCUGCUGCGAUGUCUGGUACAUGCCGCCCCUCAGCCGUUGGAAGGAUGAGUCGCCAGUGGAGUUCUCGAAUCGAGUGAAAGCCGCCAUUGCCGACCAGGCGAAGAUCGAUAAUCUGCCAUGGGACGGUAACCUGAAGCGCUGGAGUCCCGUCAGGGACUGGCAGUAGUUUAACCAGAGCUUAAGUCCUUCCUGCAUCCAUUAAUCCCAAGAAAAAUUCGAAGAAAUCCAGGCCCAAUCUUUGCUAUUUCAUGUCCCGCUUACAACACCGCACACUGUUGGCUCCUAAGUAUAUUGUAUGAUACUUUUAUAAUGAUCUGUUACCAGACAACCAAAUAGUAAAUCGAUCGAUAUAUUUUAGAGAGCAAAA